AUGGAAGUCCAACCAGGAAUCGUCUUGCAAUCCAAGCCUUUCUUCUCUAACUGUGUCUCAUGGUCAGAAGACUGUCAUAUUCUUGCUUGCUUUGAAUCAGCGGUGCAUGUACUGACACCUAUCCUAGCCGGGAUGGCUUCUGAUCUUGAAGGUCACAUUCACGAAGGAAUCUUGGCAAUAGAUUUGGAACCAAGUGAAUUUGGAGAGUCGCAAGUAUUUGAGCAAUAUGUUGAUCCAUCCUAUGCCAUGCCAGAGUCCUUUCGAUGGGCUACAUGGUCGCCUAGUGGGCUAUCAAGUAGUCUUGGGUGCUAUUUGACAGCAGUGACAACAAAGCACCGAAUCGUGUUUUAUGAGCAUCCAGAUAAUGGCCAAUCACGUUGGAUACCUACACUAGAUUUGACUAAGGAUAUUUACAAACAUGUAAAAAGUACGGAUGAAAGUGCUAUGGAUAUCGAUGAAAAGGCAGCGGCAUUAGCUCCAAGUGAUGAAGAAGAUGACGAAGAAGAGGAAGAUGACGAAGAAGAAAAUGAAAGCUCAGACGAUCAAAAAGAAUCAAAUCCAAAGAAGCUUAAUAGUCAAUUUCAGUUUAAAAAUAUCGAUGAGAUGAAGCGAUUCCAGACUCUCUAUUGUGCUUGGACAUCUAAGAUUAUUGUAGAUCCAUUAGCAGAAAUGCCUGGUGUUCUGGCCUUAUCACACAAGAGUGGCCAUGUAACUAUUUGGAGAGCAUUAAAAGAGAAAGGAAAACACAGCUAUUCGCGUCGACACGGCUUAGCGUUCAUCACAGAAUUCAGACCCACAAAUAACUACGUAAAUCUAUUACAAUGGUCCAAAUGGAAAAUCAGUGGAAACACAUACACUGCCUAUCUUAUGGCUUCUAGCAAUUCAGGCGAAGUAUACCUGUCUUCUUUCACCAUCACAGUAAAUGCUGAUGCAAAGGGCCAAGUGCAUAUUUACUCUCCUAUCGUCAAAAAACUAUUUACCUGGUUUAAGGAUAGCCCUAGUAUCCCAAUUUUACUGACUACAUGGGAUGAUUUCUCUGAUGACGGUUCUACUCUCAAACUAGUUGUCUCCAAAGGCAUCAGUAUACUGACUGCCUUUCUGAAAAUAGAAAGCGAUAGUGCAGAAAUGAUUGGAGACUGGCACAGAUAUAUACCUGAAGAUACAAGCAUGGGACUGUCUAGCGCUUCCUGGACUACGGAUGGUGAAUAUUUGCAAGCUUUUACACACGAAGGUCAAGGUCUCGUCCUUAACACUAAAGAAAGCACAAUUUCUUUGAACCUUCCCCGCUCAUGCGCUCUUACGGAUAUUCUGUUACACAAAUAUAAAUUCCAGUGUAUGGAAAUCGAGUCUAAGGCCGAAGAGGAUGCUAUAAACCCAAAUAUCGAUAUUGUGCCUAUUAUGUGGGGAACAGCAAACUCUUAUAGCUCUCUGUACACUGCUAUUGCAUUCACCAUGAAACCGGUAAUCGAUAUAUCUAAUCGAUCCAACUCUGUGUUUGAUACAUACAUGGGAUUCAUUUUACAAUCCACAAGAGAAGAAACAGAAACACUGGAAAUGCUAUGCAAAAAUAUUGAGAAGUGUAUUAAAGAUCCUAACUACAUAUUCACAUACCCUAUUAAAAAUAUUAUUCACGAGGCUUUGGAAUAUGUUGCGAACGAUGAAAGUGUCGAUACUAUUUUUACAUGGUUAUCAACAGUUGGAAGCCUUAUGAAAGACACACACAGAAAACCAAGGGAUCCCAAUACAUUGACCAAGAAUAUAUACAGUGAUACUACAUCUGCAGCAGCCAUGACAAUGUGCACCGUCAAAUUGGUAUUAAAGUAUUUUGAGCUGCCAAAAAUGAUUAAUGAAGAUUUGAGAAAAUGGUGCGCGAUGGCCCGAAAGAUAACAAGGGAAAAUUAUGCAGAUUCUGUCCUACAAUUUGCUAUCGAGCGUGAAGACGAAGAUUUUAGAGAGUUUGACGAGGACGACAUUAUGGUGAUUCAGUUGAUUUGCGAUGAUGCACUUAUAGAAGGAAAUGUGUCAUCUUAUCUAUUGGACACCAUUCGAAAUGUCCACGACAAGUUGGAAUCUUGCUUUCCUGAUCUGGGCCCUUACGACGAUUUAUUGGCUGAGAUCGACCGUGCUUCCCAAUUUUCUAAAACCACCGAGCCAUCAGAAAAAGUUAUAGGACGAGAACACUGUCCAAUUUGUCAAGACAUGAUCAUGCCUUCUAGAGGAACUUUUGCUUCUUGCACAUCAGGUCACACAUGGGAGAAAUGCUGUAUGACCAUGCGAGUUCUCUCAACACCAAGUGCGCGUAAAUGUACCUCUUGUAAUUCCAAAAGUUUACAGCCAGGAUCAUUGGAUUUCAUCAGACUUCCAAACAAUAAUCCCGAACAUAUGUCUUUUACAGAUACUAUCUUACUCAAGUGCCAAAAAUGUAUCUUCUGCGGAUCAGAUUUGAUAGAUAUAAAUGCACUAUGAGAUUCUAUCUUUUUAUAAUUCUAAUACGCGCAUGUCUAUCUAACACCAUAUCAUUUAAAUAUCAAUAAAAAAAAGUAUUCGUUUCAA